AUGGUUUUGAGGAGUCUACAGUCGAGGAUUGCUAGGCAUGUGGUCAGGGUACCUUUUACAGAUUUUGGAUCUCUGGUUUUGGCUUUGUAUGAUGUCGAGGACGGCAUUUCGAGAGGUUUGUGGGCAGAUUCUUUCCCUAGUGAUGUUAAGGGGAAGAAACCCUUCGGAGGACAGAGAUCGACAGAUGUGAGUGCCAUCAGUUCCUCUAGUCAAAGGCCUCUCAGGCGUCAUCAGCCUAUCCCACAGCUUCUCGAGGCUCGUCCAUCUUACACGCCUCAGCAGUACAGGCCACGGGCACCUCACCCGACUUAUGAGACAUAUCAGCCUCAGCCAUUGGCUUUGCCCUAUUAUGCUACUCAAAGCAUUGAGAGGCCUCCUAUUUCUUAUACAGCCACUGGACAGCCAUGCUACGCUGCACAGUUCACUGCGAGACCCGCUACUUCUUACCCCAGGCCUAGAGCUCAGCAGACCUCUGCUCCAUUUGCUUUGAGGACGCAGAGACCGUUCUCCCAGAUAGGCAUGUCGUUGAGCCAGGCUCUUUGGAAGCUCACAGAGGCCGGAUUAUUGGCCGCUCUCACUCCGAGACCACCACCUCAGCCUCUUCCCCCUCAGUUCAGGAUGGACUUACAUUGCGCCUACCAUCAGGGGCCUAGGCAUGAGACUGAUAGGUGUACCGUAUGGAGGCACGCCAUCCAGGAUUUGAUCGAUCAGGGUUUGGUUCACUUGGGUCAGCCGAGUGUAACCCAAAACCCAUUACCUGCCUACACCACGCAUGCAAUUCCUCCACCGAUCGAUGGUAUUCAUUUCCUGGAUUUUGCUGAUUUAAACGACCACAUCUGCAUGUUGAGAUGGGAUGACACAAAGCCGGAGCCCAUAGAGUUGGGAGAUAUUUAUGAGAUGAGCAGCAUGACCUUGAGGCCUCAGAUGCCCACUUCAUUUAGGCUGGUUCCUGAGGAGGCAUCAUUACAGACGACCAUUGUUGAUCCUCCGAAUUUUACUCGCUACAGUGUUUGGACACCGUUCGUCUUGGUCCUAGAUGUUGAGGAGGUUCAUGCUCCACACAUUGAUGAUUCUGAGACUCUAGACAUUCAGUAUAUUCUCCGAGGAGGUAGAGUGAUGCGACAGCCACCCCCCACAGCAGCUAGGCCAUUUGAGGGUACAUCUGCUCCCGAGGAGGUCAGAGCAGAGGACGAUGAGAUCUUGAGACAGCUACAGAGCACUCAGGCUCAUAUUUCUAUCUGGAGCCUAUUGGCAUCCUCAAGCACUCACCAUGAUGCACUGACUCGAGCUUUGAGCCAGAUCAGGGUCAGCACUACGACCACUCCCGAGGGACUUAUUCACAUGAUGACGGUUGGCAGAGCCUCUUGUAUCGUGUUUUUCGAUGACGAUUUGCCACCGAAGGGCUCGGACCACACAUGCCCUCUAUACAUAUCUAUUGGCUGUUCAGGCCGUCGAGUCCCAUCUGUCCUUCUAGACAAUGGCUCGGCCCUGAGCGUAUGUCCUCUUGCCACUGCCAUUGCCCUCGGAUACACUUCUUCUGACUUUGGUCCCUCCACUCAGACCGUUCGCGCGUAUGAUAACACUCGGAGGGAGGUCAUGGGUACACUAGAGAUUAAGCUACUGAUUGGUCUGGCCACUUUUGUCGUCGUGUUUUAG